AUGGCAGAGCUGCAGAGAUCUUCCCAAACAUUUAGGAGGUCUGGUUCAUCUGGUCUGAUCUGGGAGGAGAGGCUUAUGCCUAAAGACCAGAACCAGAGGAAUCAAGGGGCAGCUGGGGAGGCAGAGGUCAACAGCUUAGAACUCAAGGAGCUAAGGCACUCUCGUAGCAACGGGUCCAGGGGAGGUGUGCAGCGUAGGUGCAGUGACGGUGCAGAGCGCGGUGGCAUGCCCAGCGACAUCAACCAGGCCUUUCGUACUCGGCAUGUUCCGCCAGCUCUUGAUCCACCUUCACCCAAGUUUGCUCGAUGCAUGUUCUGUGGAACUUUUAGGAAGGAAGGUCCCUCACAACCUUCCGAACCCAGAAGGUACUAG